CACCGCUGAGCCGGUCGCCAGGGCAGUGGUGCGGCCRCUCGGGCAGUAACUGCCGCUCUGCGUGGCCGUUAGGCGCGACCGUUAGCGGCGUCUGCGGCCUGGGAGGGCGAACGAAGUGGCGCUUGUUUUCCUCAAGAAAGGCUGUUGCUGAGGGAAGUCGCUGUUUUCCGCCUUUGCUGUGUAGUUAGCGGAGCUGCGUCUGUUUCGGGUUUCCGCUUUCUCUCGCUGCUGCUGGAGGCGCAGCCUAGCGCGGUGCGCAAUGGCUGGGAAAGCGCCUCUUCCCUAGACGUUGGCAGGCUUUUCCCAAGAACAGGCGGUUUUACGUUCUGCCUAUGGAUAUGGCCGCUGACUUCGGCAGCAGGGGAGAGCCAGAUCACAGGCUAAACACAGCUUUUGGGCAGUAUGGAACAGAUAAAUUUUUCAGAACUACUGCUGAGCAGGAAGAUGUCCUUGAACCUAAUGCUGCAUCCAGAUCCAGAAUGAUGAAUCAAAGCUUUUCUCCUCUACUUGUACAGUAUGAUAAGCAUCUGGAAGAGAUGAGUGAACAGCUGCAGCUUUAUCAGGCCCAGAUGGGUGAGAUGAGACUAAAAUUUGAACAAGUCACCAAGGAAAAUGAAAGGCUCCAUGCAGACUUGAAAGAGGCUGUUGAGAAGCAACUGGAGACUCUUCCAUUUGUGGGGACUGAUAUUUCUGCAGAUGAAGAAAUAGUGAGAAACCUUCAAGAACAGCUACAGCUGGCCAGUCAGGAAAAAGAACACGCACUACAGCUCUGGCAGUCCAUAUCACGGGAAUUUGAUGAACUCCAGCAGCAGUACCAGCAACACAUGACUGAAACACAGAUUCAUGUGGCUGAAAAGAAAAAACAGAAAGAUCAACUGACUGGCUUUCAGCAGCUGACUCAGCAACUGCAUGUAGCCAAUGAGAAAAUAGAGUUGAGCAAUCAACACUUUCUGAAAACAMUAACAGAACAGAAUGCAGAAUUAGAGCAACUACGCAAACAACUGAGGCAAGCUAAAAUAGAUGGGCGGACAGCAGCUGCUAAGGUUGAUGAAAUGACCAGAUUGGCAGAGAAGCUUCAAGGCCAGUUGGAGAGAAAGGAGGAAGAUAUGGUGUCUGCUCAGCAGAGAGAAGAAGCCUCUGACAAACGUUUGCAGCAAAUGCAGUCUAGUAUAAAACAAUUAGAAGCAAGAUUACGUGUUACUGUACAAGAUGCUGAACAGCUGAGAACAGAAAGAGCAGCUCUGGAGAAACAGAUCAGAGAGCUUCAGACCAAGUGUGCUACUCUAGAGAAGGAGAAGUAUAGCGCUGUUACAAAAGUCCAAGACAGCAUACAGCUUUUAGAAGAAGCCAACCUACAAAAAAGUCAGGCACUGUUUGGGGAAAAACAAAAGGAAGAGGAAAUCAAAAAGAUGAAAAAGGAAAUGACCCAACUUGCAGAAGACACUGCUGCAAAAAUUAGAAAGGCAGUAGACUCUGCAAAGAAACAAUAUAACGUGCAGAUUUCUCGACUGACAGAAGAACUUUCUGCUCUUCAGAUGGAAUGCGGAGAAAAACAGAGUCAAAUUGAACGAGUCAUUAGAGAAAAGCGAGCAGUGGAAGAAGAACUUGAAAAGAUUUAUCGGGAAGACAGAGGACAUGAAUCUGACAGUAGAAAACUGGAGCAACUGCAUCAAAAAUACCUACUUGCAGAAUGUACAAAAGGUGACCUGCAGCUCAGCCUACAGACAGCACAGAACAAAUUGAAGCAACUGGAAAUGAACUCUGAAGAAGAGAAAUCUCAUCUCCAGGAAAUGAUCUGUAAAUUGCAAAGCAUUCUGGAUUCCGAAAGAGAGAAGAGUGGCUUUGUCAGYGAACAAAGGCUAAAACUUCAACAAGAGAAUGAACAACUGCAAAAAGAAAUGGAGGGCUUAAGAAAACUGGCCGUGGAAGCUCAACAAAAAGCUAAAAUAAUGGUAAGCACCAUGGAACACGAGCAUUCUGUGAAAGAACAUGGGUAUGAAGCUCGACUUCAAGAAAUGCAGGACAGCAGUCAGAAAUCCACCGCUGAGCUGAGACGUCUCUUAGUAGCUCAGCAAAAAGCAACAAAUCGGUGGAAAGAGGAAACAAAAAAUCUUACUGAUACUACAGAAGUCAGGAUCAAUAAGCUAAAAAGUGAACUGAGCCAACAGAAACUUCGCACCCAAGAGCUCCUUUCUCAGCUGGAAAUAGCAAAUGAGAAGGCUAUUGAGGAUGAAAAAUUAAUGAUGGAAUAUCGAGAAUACAUCAAUAGGCUUCAAAGACGACUAAGCCAGGCAGAGCAGAGGGCAGCUACAGCAUCUCAAAAGCUCAGCGUGAUAACUGCGCACAAGAAGGCGGCUGCUUCCCUGCAAGAGCUGGAAAAUACUUAAGUACAUGGGCAUUGUUCACUCACAUCACGUUGGCGUUGAGAAGAUCGCCACAGAAUCUCCAUAUUGGAGCAUUAAAGGCAAAUGCAUAGUGAGAUUUGUAAGAUUUGAGCGACGUUUUCUAUUGUAUUCAGGUAAGCAAGCAGGGCUGGAUGGAGCUGCCGUUAUCUCCAUGCACGGUGAAGCCAGGAGGGUCACUGCAAAGUGAGGUAGUUAGGGGCCUUCUGCGUGGCAGCCCCACCAGGCCGAUGCAGAGCUGCAGUAUAGCCGUCUGCGGUGAAAAUCACCAAUGCCGAGAACCAUGUGGUCUAGAUACCAGUAUAUUAGUAAAUAACUUUACUCGUGUGUAAUUUGUACUUUUUUCUUCUCUUUCAAAGAGCCAGUGAACAUUCUGACGCUACUUUGUGAGGGGUGCUGAAAUCAUUUAUAAGAUGCUGAUUAUGUCACAAGUGUCAGCGUGUUGCUGCUGUGACAGGCGGGGUGGUAACUGGGAAAUGCCUCCCUUGUCUCUUCGGUUUGUAAGGAUUCCGCUCAGCUUGUUCUGAUGCCCUU